UCAGCGCAGACUGAUGGAUUUUACCCGGAUACCGAGGAUCAUCUUACACCGGAUAGAUCUCUCACAGUGCUGGGUGUGUAAAGAGGAGGAGGUUCUCAAUGAAUUCAGCAACCAGGAGAGGAAGUCCACUUCAGAUAAAGAAGAACCAGAACAUCAAGAGUCCAAAGAGGAAGAGAAGCAACUCUGCAUCAGUCAGGAUGAAGAGCAUCUUGUGCUGAAACAGGAGACUGAUGACAUUUUGGUGAAUCCUCUUAAUGUGCAAAGAAUCCACAAUGAAACAGAACCACAGAGGAACCAACUCAUCUCUCAUGGCUCUGCUGAGGAUGAGAACCAGGAUCAGGAAGGCAGCAAUUCUGAAGACCCAGGAAAAGAGAGAAAGGAAGAACAGAAACAAAAGGAGAGAUUUGAGAAAAUCAAAGAGCAGAAAAGCAGAACUGACACUGAAAAGCAAAAAAAGCACAAGAAAGCUCACGCAGAGCAAAAAUUAUAUUCUUGUAAAAUUUGUGAUAAAACAUUUUCUGGAAACCGUAACUUGAUGGUACACAUGAAAACUCACACAGGAGAAAAACCUUUCACUUGUUCAAUCUGUGGAAAACGUUUCAAACAAAAAGGACAUUUAACUCAGCACAUGAGAAUUCACACAGGUGAGAAGCCUUUCUCUUGUGGGACCUGUGGAAAAAGCUUCUCUCGAAAAGCUCAAUUAGAUUAUCACAUGAUAAUUCACACUGGUGAGAAGCCUUUCUCAUGUGGGAGCUGUGGAAAAGGUUUCAACGAUAAAGGCCAAUUAAAUGUACAUAUGAGAAUUCACACAGGUGAGAAGCCUUUCUCCUGUGGGACUUGUGGAAAGAGUUUCACCCAUAAGGGCAGUUUAGAUGUUCACAUGAGAAUUCACAGAGGUGAGAAGCCUUUCUCCUGUGGGUCCUGUGGAAAGCGUUACAGUGAAAGAGGGAAUUUAACUCAGCACAUGAGAAUUCACACAGGUGAGAAGCCUUUCUCCUGUGGAACCUGUGGAAAAGGUUUCUCCUUAAAAAGUAAUUUAAAAGUUCAUGUGAAAAUUCACACUGGUGAGAAGCCUUUCUCUUGUGGGGCUUGUGGAAAGAGUUACAGUGAUAGAGGGACGUUAACUCAGCAUAUGAUAAUUCACACAGGUGACAAGCCUUUCUCCUGUGGAAACAUGUGGAAAAAGUUUCUCUCGAAAAGAUAUAUUAAAUGUUCAUGUGAAAAUUCACACUGGUGAGAAGCCUUUCUCUUGUGGGACUUGUGGAAAGAGUUUUCACCCUUAAGGGCAAUUUAGAUGUUCACAUGAGAGUUCACACAGGUGAGAAGCCUUUCUCCUGUGGGACCUGUGGAAAAUGUUUUACCCAUAA